AGUCAUGAAAUGAAUGAUGUUAGAAGGUGCAGCUUCUUAGCGUGGAGAACUCCAGCCAGGGUGGGGGUAUCUGGAUGCUGAGGGGUGCGGGGGAGCAUUUUUUCCCCAGUUCACCGCAGGAAGCUCCCGCGCACUAGAUGUAAACAAAAGUGUCUGAGAGAGAAACCCCAAACUCCGAGCAAGCCUCCGGGCGCGGUUUCCUUUUCCCUGCAGAGGACGGGGUGAAGGGAAAAGGACUUUGGAAUGCCGUGGAGUUUUGACAAGUGAGAGUCGGGCUAGGAUUGCAUUACAGCCUUUUCAUAACCCCCUCCACCCACCGAGUAGGGAGGGGUCCUCCCGCACAUCCGUAGCCCGCGGAGAGGAGCGUUGGCGACGUCCUGCAGGAGCCGGGCUUGGGACAGCAGGACAGCCCGGGGGACCUGGGGAGGGCAGUGCCCCCGCGAAGCCUGCCCCGCCCCUCCCUGCCCUGUGCUGGGGGCUGCCAGCAGGUGCUCCGGCUAAUGACAGGUCUCUGGGGCUCACUCAGCUCAGCUCCAACGGAUUACCCUGAGGCCAGCUGCUCCUGCCCUCAAGGCUCCCAGAGGAGCUGAGGGAAGAGAUCUUGAGAGAAAGCUUCUAGAGGUGACUUCAAAACUGGAGUUACCUCGCUGAACAGUGCUGGAAUGGCGGCUUCAUCUACCUGAUCAUGCUGCGGCGCUUCAAGCAGAAAGCCCACCUGACUUACAAUGGCAACAGUGGCAACAGCUCAGAACCCGGAGAGACACCGACUUUGGAGCUGGGUGACCAAACUUCAAAAAAGGGGAAAAGAACACGAAAGUUUGGGGUCAUUUCCAGACCCCCUAUCACCAAGACCCCUGAAGACUCCAAGAGCAGCAGCGGCUGCGACACGGCAGACGACCCCAGCUCAGAGUUGGAGAACGGCACCGAUCCCGAACUUGGAAAUGGCCAUGCCUUGGAGCUAGAAAAUGGCCCGCAUUCUCUCAAGGAUGUGGCUGGACCCCAUCUGGAGAGGUCAGAAGCGGACACAGAGGGAGAGCUCGGAGUUCCAAAGACAGAAGCCCCUCUGAGUGACAGCAAUGACAAACGCCGCUUCUCAAAAACUGGGAAGACCGACUUUCAGUCCAGUGACUGCUUGGCACGGGAGGAAGUUGGCCGGAUAUGGAAGAUGGAGCUGCUCAAAGAAUCAGAUGGGCUGGGAAUUCAGGUUAGUGGAGGCCGAGGAUCAAAGCGCUCACCUCACGCUAUCGUUGUCACCCAAGUGAAGGAAGGAGGUGCCGCUCACAGGGAUGGCAGGCUGUCCUUAGGAGACGAACUGCUGGUGAUCAAUGGUCACUUACUGGUCGGGCUCUCCCACGAGGAAGCUGUGGCCAUUCUGCGCUCAGCCACUGGGAUGGUACAGCUGGUGGUGGCCAGCAAGGAGAGCUCAGCGGAGGACCUUCUGAAGUUAACAUCGAAGAGCUUGCCUGACCUGACUAGUUCAGUGGAGGACAUGUCCUCCUGGACUGACAACGAAGACCAGGAGGCAGCCGGGGAAGAUGAAGAGGGGACAGACUCAGCUGCUGUCCGGGGCACGAUGCCCGGGUCAGAAGAAUCCCAGGACGUAGGCAGCUCUGAGGAAUCCAAAGGGAGCUUGGAAAGUCCCAAACAGGGCAACAAUAAGAUGAAACUCAAGAGCCGACUCUCAGGAGGUGUCCACCGCCUAGAGUCUGUUGAAGAAUAUAACGAACUGAUGGUACGAAAUGGAGACCCCCGGAUCAGGAUGCUGGAGGUCUCCCGAGAUGGCCGGAAGCACUCUCUUCCCCAGCUGCUGGAUUCUACUGGCACAUCACAGGAAUACCACAUCGUGAAGAAGUCUACCCGCUCUCUGAGCACCACCCACGUGGAAUCGCCGUGGAGGCUCAUCCGGCCCUCGGUUAUUUCCAUCAUCGGGCUGUACAAAGAGAAAGGCAAGGGCCUUGGUUUCAGCAUCGCUGGAGGGCGAGACUGCAUUCGAGGCCAGAUGGGAAUUUUUGUCAAGACCAUUUUCCCAAACGGAUCAGCUGCGGAAGAUGGCAGGCUCAAAGAAGGAGAUGAAAUUCUAGAUGUAAAUGGGAUACCAAUAAAAGGCUUGACAUUUCAAGAGGCUAUUCACACCUUCAAGCAAAUCCGAAGUGGGCUGUUUGUCCUCACUGUGCGCACUAAGCUACUCAGUCCCAGCCUCACACCCUGCUCCACCCCCACGCACAUGAGCAGAUCUAGCUCCCCGAGCUUCAACACCAGUGGGGGAACCCCAGCAGGAGGAGGCCAAGAUGAAGGUGGUUCUUCCUCCCUGGGUCGGAAGGCUCCUGGGCCCAAAGACAGGAUUGUCAUGGAAGUCACACUCAACAAAGAGCCAAGAGUUGGAUUGGGCAUUGGUGCCUGCUGCUUGGCCUUGGAAAACAGCCCUCCAGGUAUAUACAUUCACAGCCUUGCCCCUGGAUCCGUGGCCAAGAUGGAAAGCAACCUGAGCCGGGGAGACCAAAUCCUGGAAGUGAAUUCUGUCAACGUGCGCCAUGCAGCUUUAAGCAAAGUACAUGCCAUCUUAAGUAAAUGCCCCCCAGGACCUGUUCGCCUGGUCAUCGGGCGACAUCCUAAUCCAAAGGUCUCUGAGCAGGAAAUGGAUGAAGUGAUAGCACGCAGCACUUACCAGGAAAGCAAAGAAGUCAACUCCUCGCCCGGCCUAGGUACCCCCUUGAAGAGUCCCUCUCUUGCCAAAAAGGACUCACUCCUCUCCGAAUCUGAGCUCUCACAGUACUUUGUCCAUGAUGGCCAGGGCUCCCUGUCAGACUUCGUAGUGGCUGGCUCUGAGGAUGAGGACCACCCUGGAAGUGGCUAUGACACCUCGGAGGAUGGCAGCCUGCUUUCUGUCCCCUCUGCUCACAAGGAGACGGGCAAAGCCAGGGCCAACAGCCUCGUGACACUUGGAAGCCAGAGGUCCUCUGGGCUCUUACACAAGCAGGUGACAGUUGCCAGGCAAGCCAGUCUCCCUGGAAGCCCACAGGUCCUCAGGAACCCCCUUCUCCGCCAGAGGAGGGUGCGUUGCUAUGACAGCAAUGAUGGCAGCGACGAUGAGGACUUUGAUGGUGAGGGGGACUGCGUCUCCCUCCCGGGAGUCCUCCCAGGUCCCAGCAGGCCUCUGGUGGAGGAUGACACUAGGCUUGCCUUGACAACCUCUUCCAAAAGUACUGACGUGAGCAAGCAGGAGGAACGACUCCAGAAACCACUGGUCAGCAAGGCCUGCUCUGUGCCUCUCCUUGGCAGCUCACUGGACUCAGAGCACAGGAUCCACGAUGGAACAGUGGGUACCCCUCCCAAGGCAGCCAGCCUGCCAGGCUCUGUUGAAACCUCCAAGAAUGGGCCCGGAUGUUCCAGGAGGAAGGAAAUGUCAGGGUCAAGAAGUUCACCAAAGCUGGAAUACAGAGUCCCUGCAGACAUCCAGAGGCCAAGGAGCCCAGAAAACCGUACCUCACCGCCACAGAAGAAUGAAAAUCUGGUGUCCAGACACAAGCCUGUGGCCAGGAUCAGCCCACACUACAAGAGGUCUGAUGCUGAGGAGGCCCCAAGUGGGACAGCCAAUGGACCGUGUGCUCAGAACUUGAAAGUCCAGGUGUCUUCCGUGAAAGAUCCCGUCACCAGCCAUCAGCCAAGUGGAACUGCAGAGAAGGAUGGGAUGGGUCCCCAGACCAACUCCCUUACCCAGGGAAGAUCAGAGAAGUUCAUCCUGGCUCCAGCGAGACUUCUACAGUCACCAAGCAAGUCCUCCAGCCUGAGAGCCUCAGCCAGCCUGUGUCUCCCAGGACCUCGGAGCCUGAGUCCCAGGGCAUAUCUAAAAUGA